AUGUCGGAAACUGAGCAGGGUGCCCUGGGGGAUGUUGCAAAGGCUCUGGAAAAGCAACCUAGCACUAUCAAAGAAGUUGUCAAGGUACUCACCGAGCUCGUAGUCAGGCUAGAUGCAUUCGCCACAGAAAUAAAAAAAGAUGUAGCGAAGGUUGAUGCUUCAAGUACUGAAAUCCACAAUGAUCUUGGUGGCAUUUGUAGCUCCAUUGGGUUUAUGAAUGAUGGUUUUGAAGAAUUUAUGAGGGAUAUUGAACGUUACAGGGAGGAACUUGCUGAAAUGAAGGCUGAAGCUGCGGAAUGCCGCGCGGCGAACGAAGAGCUGAGGGAGGAGCUUAAACAGGCAAGGAAGGAGAUAAUAGGGUUGAAACAAUAUAGUAGAAGCAUGAACCUUGAAAUUCAAGGACUUCCGGUUGCAGCUAAUGAGGACCUAGGCAAGGCUGUUGCGGACAUUGCAAAAUGUCUGGGCACAAGUGUUACUGACGGUGACAUUGAUGUAGUUCAUCGUGUGCCUUCGAAAGAUAAGAAGAAACCUAAUGUUGUGUUAAAGUUCCUCUCAAGAACUGCUCGUGAAAAGUUGCUGUCAGCUGCUCGGAAGAAAACUCUCAAAGCAGAUAGACUGGGAUUUGACACAAGUGACCUCGUGUACAUAAAUGAGCAUUCGUGUGUCGAGAACAAGAUGCUGCUGGGUAAAGCUCGAAAGCUCAAAAAGGAGAAAAAUUGGAAAUACGUGUGGGUAUCGCAAGGAAAGAUUUGA